UAACUAUUGAAUUCACACAUCAAUCGAAAUAAAUUACAUAAUGUCUUCAAAUAAAUCGUGCAAUAGUUUAGUUGGAAGAUCUGCUCGUGGAAGUUCAAAAAAUAAAUUGACGGGAUCAAAAAAACUAUCACCGAGAGAUAAAGAAAGAUCAAGGAGGUCACCGUCUUCAAGCAGUCGAUCUAGUCGAUCUAGUCGAUCCAACGAUGAAGAUUACGACGAAAGAAAUCGUGCUAUACAACGACGAGGUGACCGAAAUAACCGUCGAGAUGUAGUUAAAUAUGGUGGAAGAUGUGGUGGAAGACGAUCCAAGCCCCAAGUGCUAUGUGAACAAAUUAUUGAAUCUGAAACAAAAACUAGAAAUCGAAUCAUAAAACGAGUACAUUUGCGUUAUGAUGAUUCAGACUCAUCAUCGGAUAAUUCUUCUACAGAUGAAUCAAGUAGUGGCUGUGAUGACUAUUGAAAAAUAUUAGUAGAAAAAUAAUAUGAAUAGCUUAUAGUUUGUUCCCCAAUUACAUUUAUUAAUUAUAUUCAAUUUUUUUCCCAUAUAGGUUUUGGAUUUCUCAAUUUGUCCAAAAAUCAAAUCUAUAGUAGGUAAUUCGUUUACUAACUGCCAUGUUCUUUCAAUGUUUUUUCUGCUGUUCUUUCUGCUGUUCGUUCAUAUUCUCUCCGGUUUACGAUGUAUCCAUAUAUCGGAUAUAUUUGGUGACCAACCGAAGAGAAUAUAAACAAACUUUGAGGAAUCGAUUUGUGGAGAGAGAUGAAGCGUAGUAAAAAACAUUGGGCGAUCGUGGUAGUCAUUAUAAAGAAACAUUAUAAAAAAAUUACAUAGAUUUGAUUUUUUGACAAAUGAAGAAUUUCAAAAACGAAAUCUCGAUUUUCGCCAAUUUUUUAAAAUUCUCAGAUGAACUAUUUUUUAUUUUGAUAAAUCAUAUCAUCCAAAACACUU